AUUAUCCAGGACCCUGAGUUUUUUUGUCAAAUUAGUUGGGUAUAAAGCGUAAUUUUUUCCUCACUGCGAUUCAAGCCGCCGCCGACGCAUCGCGCGAGAUGGGGAAGAAAUCGAAGAAGCCCGGGCACGGAAAGGAGAAGACGGAGAGAAAAACCGCGAAAGCCGAAGAGAAGCGAGGUCGAAGAGAGAGCAAGAAAGUCUCUGAAGAGGACGACAUCGACGCCAUCCUCAGGAAUAUACAGAAGGAAGAGGCAAAGAAGAAGGAGGUCCACGUCGACGACAAUGUCCCUCGUCCUUCCCCUCGAUCCAACUGCUCUUUGACAAUCAAUCCGCAGAAAGAGACGGAGUUGGUUCUGUAUGGGGGAGAAUUCUAUAAUGGCAGCAAGACAUUUGUUUAUGGUGACCUUUAUCGCUAUGAUGUAGAAAAAAACGAAUGGAAGUUGGUCUCAAGCCCUAACAGUCCACCACCUCGUAGUUCUCACCAGGCUGUGGCGUGGAAGGAUCAUAUUUAUAUGUUUGGUGGUGAAUUCACUUCUCCGAAUCAAGAACGGUUUCAUCAUUACAAGGACUUCUGGAUGUUGGAUCUAAAAUCAAAUCAGUGGGACCAACUAAAUCUGAAAGGAUGUCCAAGUGCCCGCUCGNNNNGACAACAGGUAUUAUACAAGCACAAAAUCAUUCUCUUUGGUGGCUUUUAUGACACUCUCAGAGAAGUGAGGUAUUUCAAUGAUUUACAUGUUUUUGAUCUUGAUAAUUUCAAGUGGCAAGAGAUAAAACCCCGUCCUGGUUGUCUGUGGCCAAGUGCAAGAAGCGGGUUUCAGCUUUUUGUUUACCAAGACGAGAUUUUUCUGUAUGGUGUUAAUUCGAAGGAAAGUUGCGGCAUGGAUAAAAGUGGCUCAGAAAAGAUUGUUCAUUCGGACUUGUGGUCACUUGAUCCUCGGAACUGGAAUGGGAAUAGAGGGUGCUCUGUAAAGAAAAGUGGAAUGCCUCCUGGGCCACGAGCUGGAUUUUCAAUGUGUGUUCAUAAGAAGAGGGCAAUGCUAUUUGGAGGUGUCGUAGAUAUGGAAGUUGAAGGUGAUGUGCUGAUGAGUUUGUUUAUAAAUGAGCUUUACGGCUUCCAAUUGGAUAACCGUCGCUGGUAUCCUUUGGAGCUGCGGAAGGAGAAAUCUACUAAAGGCAAGUUAAAAGCGUCAAAUAAAUCUGAAUCAUCAAAGGGCUCGGUCGUGUCGAAUAAGAGCAUCCAAGAUGAUCUUGAGAUGUCUAUAGCGAAUGAUGAUGAGAAUAUGGAGGAUGAUGAGGAAGCAACGGAGAUGCAAUGUGACAUGCAAGAAAUCUCCCAUCAAAUGACCAAAUCUCUUGCCUGCAAUGAUGUUUCCUCUAAAGAAGUAUCUGAUGUGAAAGUACAGGGGCUGGGUGGUAGUAGUUCUUGUCUCCAAGGCUGCACUUCAGUAGAGAUAGUGAAGCCUUGUGGACGUAUUAAUGCCUGCAUGGUUGUGGGAAGAGAUACGCUCUUUGUGUAUGGAGGGAUGAUGGAAGUCAGAGAUAGAGAGAUCACACUUGAUGAUUUGUACUCACUUAACCUCAGCAAACUUGACGAAUGGAAGUGCAUACUAGCGGCAUCUGAAUCUGAAUGGCAAGAAGCUUCUGAGGAUGAAGAUGAUGGUGAUUCAGAAGAAGAAAGCGGUGAUGAAAGUGGCUGCAAUGAGUCUGAUGAAGACGACGAAGAUAUGUCUGAGGAUGAAGUUGAAAAGACUCUAGACGCAGAAAGUGCUGUUUCAAUUUUAAAAGGUGAGAAGAAGAAUCUGCGUCGAAAAGAGAAGCGUGCUAGGAUCGACCAAAUAAGAGUAACCCUUGGCCUUUCGGAUUCACAAAGAACUCCAAUGCCUGGGGAGACUCUUAGGGACUUCUACAAGAGGACAAGCAUGUAUUGGCAAAUGGCUGCACACGAGCACACCCAGCAUACUGGAAAGGAGCUCCGGAAAGAUGGAUUUGAUCUCGCUGAGGUUCGAUACAAGGAGCUGAAGCCCAUCCUUGAUGAGUUGGCAAUAUUGGAGGCUGAACAAAAGGCUGAAGAAGAAGAAGGGCCCGAGACUAGUUCGAGAAAGAGGGGUCCCAAUAAAAACAAGAAUAAGAAUUCAAAGAGGUAGUUAGGCAUUGGAAUUUCUAAUUAUAAACAAUUUUGUAACAUUAUGUAUUGUAUUGAGACGGUGAUGAAUGGUUAAAGUAAAUUGUUUCAUUUCCCCUUUUUUUCUUCAAUUUAUUAACUUAAUAUGAUUGUUAUUUCAACCGUA